AUGCUGGCGGAGACCCAGGAGGAGACGCUCCUGGACGAGAUUGAGGACCCCCAAGAGCACGAGAAGGAGUGCACCAAGGAGCUCUUUAAGCGAGUUUGGAAGGUGAACGAGCACGUUGUCACCCGUCUCCGGGAGAGGACUGAACGAGCACUCGAGUACCUCGGCGCGGGCCGCGUUCCGCCUGGGAAGAAGGCGCAGCUCCCGGAGGGCACGCGCUGCGUGAACGCCUUCUGGGGCCUCGAGGCGCGGCAUAUCCCGCUGGCGCAGGGGGAGGAGUACUGGCCGCAGGGCUGCCUCACCUUGUCGGAGGGCUACGUCAAAUCCGGCUGGGAGCAGCCCUCGGAAGAGGAGUCACAUGGCACGACGAUUCGAUGUCAGGGCCGCAGCGGGCACUGGCGCGUCUUCGCCUCGCGGCCUUUUGAGGCCCAUGAGCUCGUGGAGGCGACGUCGUCGAGUCCGACGUCGGGGUGA